GUAACUGCAGAUGAGGGGAUCUUGCACGCUUCUGGAAAUGGUGUGCCUCCAGUAACAAAGGAUUACUGCAUAAUUUACAGUUCUAAUUGGAUAUCUCUUCCAAAAAGCCUGGACAAUGCUACUUUCAGCACUCUGGAAAACCUGACUUCUACAGUACUCUGCAAUUCUUCUGACGUUCCUUCUGGCUUAAUGAAGGACAAAGCAGUUGUAGUGAUGAGAGGAAACUGCACUUUUUUGGAGAAAGCGAGAAUUGCACAAAGUUCAGGUGCUAAAAUGCUGUUGAUUGCCAGUAAACCUAGGCUGUCUCCUCUUUCUGAUAACAAGACUGAUUUUGAAGAUGUGACUCUUCCAGUUGCUCUUAUAAGAUAUAAUGACAUAGUAGAUAUGCAGCUGACGCUUGGAAAUGAAGUUAAUGUGACUCUGUAUUCACCACCUUUGCCAGAGUUUGAUUGCAGUAUGGUUGUCAUCUUCCUAAUUGCUGUGUUUACAGUGGCACUAGGAGGCUACUGGAGCGGAGUAGGAGAACUUGAGAAUUUGAAAGCAGUAGCAAGUCCUGGGGAGAGAGAAACAAGACGGAAGAAGGAAGAAAAUGUUACUUUCACCCCUGUAACAGUUAUCUUGUUUGUUGUCAUCUGUUGUGUCAUGCUGGUCUUACUUUAUUUCUUCUACAAAUGGUUAGUGUAUGUUAUAAUAUCAGUCUUCUGCUUGGCAUCUGCAAUGAGCCUAUAUAACUGUCUUGCGGCAUUGAUAGGAGAAAUACCAUUUGGGCAGUGCAGGAUUGCAUGUUGCAACAAAAACAUUGAAGUGAGGCUUAUUUUUCUUGCUGUAUUCUGCAUAGCAGCAGCUGUUGUCUGGGCAGUGUUUCGAAAUGAAGAUAGGUGGGCUUGGAUUUUGCAAGACAUUUUGGGAGUUGCUUUCUGCCUAAACUUUAUUAAAACACUGAAAAUGCCCAACUUUAAGUCCUGUGUGAUACUUCUAGGCCUUCUCCUUCUAUACGAUGUAUUUUUUGUCUUCAUAACACCAUUUAUCACAAAGAAUGGGGCAAGUAUAAUGGUUGAAGUUGCAGCUGGUCCUUUUGGAAACAGUGAAAAGAAUGAUGGAAACUUGGUGGAAGUCCCUACUGAACGCUCAGCUCCCCAUGAGAAAUUACCUGUGGUUAUUAGAGUGCCUAGACUUGAAUACUCCGCAUCGACGCUGUGUGACAUGCCAUUUUCAUUGUUGGGUUUUGGAGACAUUAUUGUCCCAGGGCUUCUCGUUGCCUAUUGUCGAAGAUUUGAUGUUCAGACAAGUUCAUCUUCUGUAUACUACAUUUCCUGUACAAUAGCUUAUGCCAUUGGUAUGGUGCUGACUUUCAUUGUUUUGGCAUUAAUGAAGAUGGGACAACCUGCCCUACUCUAUCUUGUACCAUGUACACUCAUUACUAGCUCGCUUGUUGCUUGGAGGCGCAAAGAAAUGAAGAAGUUUUGGAAAGGAAGCAGUUACCAGGUAUCGGACUCCUCCAGGACGCCUUUGCUACAAG